AUGCAGCAGAUGCAUCCGAGGCGCGAGUCCUUCCACCGGCACCGCAGGGGUCGGAGGAAGCGACCCGCCUCGGGGCCACCCCGUGGAGGGCUUAGUGUGUUAAGUGAAGCAACGAAUGUGAUGCUGGCCGCUCUCGUCGUCGUCGUCGUCGUCAUUGGGGGCUUGAUUACGUACGCAGAUGCCGAGCCUCGGGCGGAUGACCUGGUCGACAUGAUCGAGCAGUUCGGCAUGCCGAGCCUUCCGUCGGGUAUAUCACCUUCGGUGGGUAUGUGUAACGGCAGCCGAAACCAGUACCAGUCACACCCGGAACCCGCCUACAACCUCAACCAGGACACGGUACUUAGCAUCCCGACGGUGGCGAGCUUUCCGGCCGGAUUUCCGAUCGAUUUCUCGCUACUGGUGGCACUUCGAGCGAGUCCUAACCUUGAGCGAGCGCCUCUAUUUGCGGUGUACUCGAGUGAUUCAGAGGAGACACUGAUGCUGAUGGUGGGCCGAGACGUCGCGUUGUACUACUACGACGGUAACCCAGAGGAUGACGAGCAGGACCAGUACCAGAACAUGGUCAGCUUCGGUGUCAGUGUGGAUGAUGGUCGGUGGCACCGGCUCGGGUUGAGUGUGAAGGGAAACUCAGUCACACUGAUCCUGGACUGUGGGACACAGAUCACACGACCUUUGAACCGUCGGGAAGGUGUACAGCUGACAACGGACGGGCUCAUCCUCACUGGAUUGCAGUUGAAUGAGGACAACGGUUUCUUUACGGGUGAUCUUCAACUUUUUAUGAUCGCAAACACCCCGGACGAGGCGUACAACAUCUGCACGCAGUACGCACCGGAUUGCCCAGGUGGAACGUCCAGUGGAACUGGAUCUUCCACGACGUCAACUCGCACCGUCACCGUUCAAACCACUCGGACCGUAACCAACGGUACGGCAGGAUCCGUGGUUCGCACGCAAAGCAGCACCAGUGGCAGGACCUCUUCACAGGCGGCGGCUGGUGCGAGCAUUCGUGAUCAAGUGCUGAGAGAAUCGGUCUCUGUCACCGGUGGCGGAAGUUCGGGAAGUUCACGUGGGAAACACUCGGCAUCAGCGAGUUCCGUUCGAGACUUUGUGGAUCUGUACGGUGACGGAGAAGGACUCGAGGUGAUCGGAGAUGAUGAGGAUUACUACAACAACCUCGAGUUCGGUGGGGAUCUUAGCCGAGUCACGACACCACAGGAGAAUGGGGAGACGACCCAAAACCGCACGGUUGUCAUUCCUGGGGCUUACGAUCAGCUGCGUCCAGGAGUGCUGCCUUUACCCGAACCGGAGUACGAUGCAGCACCAGGUGCCGGUUCCAGACCGAGUGGUGCCGGUGGAACUACGUCGACAGCACGACCUACCAUCGAUAGAGCGAACCGCACACGUCCGUUAGAUCCUGGCACAGGUCAAGGGCCGGAAUUCGAAGAUGAAGAGGAGCGAUCGGUAGGAUUUCCUGCGCAACCGACCGUCACCGUGAUCGGUGGAGUGAAGACAGUUCGAGGACCACGAGGACCUCCGGGUGAUCCUGGUCCAAAGGGUGAACCCGGACGAGAUGGGUUGAGCGGCCAGGGCGGCCCAUCGGGACCACCAGGACACGUGUUUAUGAUGCCACUCACUUCGGCCGGAAACGAAAAAGGACCAGACUCGCAAGCGGAAGCCCUCCGACAGAUGCUUUCCCAGCAUAUGACGGCGAUGCGUGGUGCAGAUGGGCCAAUGGGUCUGACCGGAGUACCGGGGGUCGUGGGGCCACCAGGACCGGAAGGAGCCAAAGGUGAACCGGGUGAUGCUGGAGAACCGGGACCGAUCGGACCACGAGGAACCGUCGGAACGAAGGGCCGUGAAGGACGCCGUGGACGAUCGGGAAGGGAUGGUGAACGUGGUGCCACCGGGUUACAAGGCGUCAAGGGCGAACAAGGUCCAAUCGGGCUGCCUGGGUUCCCGGGUGAAAAGGGCGAGCGUGGUCGACAGGGAACGGUUGGCGAGAAAGGCAGUCAAGGACACGAUGGCGCUCAAGGCGAGGAUGGACCACCGGGACUGCCCGGACUUCCGGGAGAGCUGGGACCGCGAGGAUUCUCAGGACCACGCGGAUUUCCUGGUCCAUCGGGAAAUCCUGGUCUUCCCGGAUCGGAAGGAGUGGCCGGUUCGAAGGGCAACCCCGGACCACAAGGUCAACCGGGUGCACCGGGUCAGACGGGAUCUCCCGGACCGGUAGGACCUCCUGGACCACAGGGAAAUCUCGGACCACCGGGUAUUCCGGGUCCACACGGGAAACCGGGUCUCCCCGGGUUACCUGGAGCCGAUGGACCACCGGGUCGGGAUGGGAAUCCUGGAAUCGCAGGACCAAAAGGAGACGUAGGACCGCAAGGUGUCCAAGGGCCGAUUGGUUUCCCCGGUAACAGAGGCCCCAAGGGUGAUGAUGGCGAGCGAGGUGCGGCCGGUGAUAAGGGAGAAAAGGGCGAACAAGGACACGACGGUGAUAAGGGUGAUAUGGGACCGCCGGGCGAGCGGGGUCAUCCUGGAACGACGGGAGCACAUGGAUCGGAGGGACCCGAAGGACCGAAGGGUUUCGAAGGACCACGUGGUGAAACCGGCAUGAUGGGAUUGACCGGUGACAAGGGCAAGCAGGGAGUGCAGGGUUUCCCGGGUUACCCAGGACCACCGGGAGACAAGGGUGAUAAGGGCUCCUCUGGGAUGUCCGGUAUGCCGGGUGAGAAGGGUGAACGGGGCAACACUGGAUUGCAAGGUGAACGGGGAGAGGUCGGCCCACGGGGCUUCCGAGGACCACGUGGUAGACGAGGCGCAGACGGAACCACAGGACCAAAAGGAGACACCGGUCAGCCAGGAUCGCCGGGAGCGCAAGGUGAAAUCGGCAUGCAAGGACCCGAAGGACCACGAGGCUUUAUCGGACUUCCGGGACCACCCGGGAACAACGGCAAGGAUGGUCCACUAGGAGCAUCGGGAGAACGAGGACCUCCGGGUGAAAACGGAAAUCCGGGCCCUAUCGGUGCUCCUGGCGUCGUUGGACCUCAGGGACCAACAGGCGAACCCGGACCAGUAGGAGAGCCGGGCAUUCCGGGACUUCCAGGAUUACCCGGAGAACCGGGCGUCCCUGGCGACACUGGCAAGGAGGGUCAAUCUGGACCACCAGGACCACCGGGAAAGAACGGACCCCAAGGUGGUCAAGGAUUGCCAGGAUUCCCGGGUGAGCGCGGUAUGCUAGGUAUGCCAGGAUUACCUGGCCUUAAGGGGGAGCUUGGAUUGCCCGGACUCUCGGGACCGGUUGGUGAUAAGGGUCAGCCGGGCGAGCCAGGCAAAGAGGGACCUCCUGGGGGCGAAGGACGUCCGGGACCACCUGGUCCACCGGGUCCUUCGGGUGCAAAAGGCGAGCGUGGUGAGUUGGGACUAGUUGGACCGGUUGGACGCGAUGGUUUGCCAGGCCAACGGGGUCUUGCAGGACCACCCGGUCCAGUGGGACCUCCGGGCGAGGAUGGAGACAAGGGCGACAUGGGACCACCGGGUGAGAAGGGCUUCAAAGGGGCCCAAGGUGAAGCGGGACCCGUUGGAUCACCAGGAUCGCAAGGAAGCCGCGGUGAACCGGGUGCUAUUGGUGCACCGGGUGAAAAAGGACCUCCGGGUGAAAUUGGACGCACGGGACCGAAAGGCGAGGAUGGUCCCACAGGUCUUCCAGGAUCGCCUGGACCAGCUGGACCCCAAGGAAUGCCAGGACCACCGGGCAUGAAGGGUGGUCGUGGAGAUGACGGACCUCAAGGAACGGUUGGACCCGCUGGACCACCGGGUGAACCGGGUCGUCGGGGACCACGAGGUGCCGAAGGAGGACCGGGUGCACCAGGAUCACCAGGACCGCAAGGAAUUGCGGGUGAACCUGGCACACAAGGACCUCCAGGACCGAUUGGUCCCGAGGGCAAGGAAGGUGAGAAAGGCUCGAUCGGACCUAAAGGCGAAGAGGGCAAAUCGGGUCCUCCAGGACCACCGGGCAAACGUGGCCAACCGGGUCUCGAAGGUCCGAAAGGAGUGGCCGGUCCACCCGGGUUCCCUGGCAAUCCCGGAGAACCGGGUUUGGUCGGAGCGAAGGGCGACAUUGGUAAGGACGGAGACGAUGGCAAGCAAGGUGAACCGGGUCUUUCGGGAGAGCCAGGUCCUCCGGGACCGGCCGGUGAGAUAGGACCUCCGGGCAAACUCGGUCCAGAAGGUCCUGCGGGUCUUCAAGGUACGACGGGAUUGGUUGGUGAAAAGGGCGACCGAGGAAUGGUCGGACCCCCGGGCAAUCAGGGACUCACCGGACCACAAGGAAUGCCCGGUGUUCAAGGUCCUCCAGGUCUGCGAGGAUCCCCAGGACCAUCGGGUGAAAUCGGCCCUGUAGGAAAACCGGGCGAUAGCGGAGCACCUGGCAAGACGGGCGAAUUGGGUGCCAAAGGACCAAAGGGUGAUCGAGGCCGACGCGGACUUAAAGGACAUCGCGGAGAGCUCGGACUUGUCGGGCUCAAGGGUGACGCCGGUGAGAAGGGCGACAAAGGUGUCCGAGGACUCGUGGGUGGCGAAGGUCCGAAGGGCGAACCAGGACCUCUUGGACCUAUUGGGCUCAAGGGUAACGAUGGACCGCAAGGACCACCCGGACAUGACGGACCACUCGGACCCAAGGGCACGGAAGGUGUCGCAGGAUUGCGCGGUGAACCGGGCCCACCGGGACUUCCGGGACCACCAGGACCACCGGCGGAUGCUCCACUCAUCCCACCGGAGUUGCUUUUCCGCAUGAACGAGUUCACCAUGACGAAGGGCGAGGACCGGCAGAAGCGUGAAGCUGGCGAUCUCGUGGACGAUGAGCUGCUCGAGGUGGAUGACUUCGACGAGGAGCUGCUGAAGGUGGAACCACGCAAGAAGAGCAAAAAGAAAAAAACGAAAGCGAAGGCGGACCUCGGACCGAAGUUCCUUGACAUGUACAGCUCGAUCUACUCGAUGCGGCAGGAGUUGGAUCGCAUCCGGAAGCCGGUGGGAACGCGCGAAAAUCCGGGCCGCACUUGCCGGGAUUUGCACCACGGUCAUCCGCAGUUUAAGGAUGGUUGGUACUGGAUCGAUCCUAACCUCGGCAUGGGUGACGACGCGGUGUACGUGUUCUGUAACAUGACGGCGGCCGGUGAGACGUGUGUCUUCCCGGACAUCCACAGUUCACAGAUGCCGACAAUACCGUGGCGCAAGGAGAACGACAAAACCGACUGGUACUCGAACCUUCGCGGUGGCUUUAGGAUAUCGUACGAGACGGUCGGCACCGUUCAGAUGACGUUCCUGCGGCUCCUGUCCCAGGAGGCGUACCAGAACUUCACGUACGCCUGCAUGAACAGCGUCGCGUGGUACAGCACGAAGGACGAAAGCUACGACAGUGCGAUCCGGUUCCUGGGCGAGAACGAAAUCGACAUCGGGUACGAAAACAGCAAAAUCAAACCGACCGUCCUGGUGGACGGUUGUAAGACGGGCCGCAGCAAGAGCGAGACCGUGUUUGAGGUUCGUACGCCAAAGCUCCAGUAUCUGCCGAUCGUCGAUUUUUAUCCGAUCGACUAUGGGUUGCCACAGCAAGCGUUCGGUUUUCAGGUCGGGCCGGUUUGUUUCAAAUAA